AGGGCGCAGUGUUGACAUAAACACCGGUUGAGCAUGGCGAAGUACGUGAGACGGGGGUUGACAGGAUGGCUUCAGAAGUGUGGGGGUGGCAGGAUUGUGGGCGUGUCCCCAGCUGUGUCUGUCCCUGCCCUCCAAGGCAGCGACACCAGGAGGCACUCCAGUUCACGCAGUGGCAAGCCCAAGACUGGUAUACUCAUGCUGAAUCUGGGCGGUCCGGAGAAGACAGAAGAUGUUCACGACUUUCUCCUGCGUCUGUUCCUGGACAAGGACCUGAUUCCCCUGCCUGCACAGAGUAAACUGGCCCCCUACAUCGCCAAGCGGAGAACACCCAGCAUUCAGACUCAGUACCGUAAGAUUGGAGGCGGCUCACCCAUCAAGCGAUGGACUGAGACACAGGGACAAGGCAUGGUAGACAUACUUGAUAAAAUCAGCCCAGAAACAGCUCCUCACAAGUUCUAUGUGGGUUUUCGAUACGCCAACCCUCUGACGGAAGAUGCCAUUGAGCAGAUGGAGGAGGAUGGUAUAGAACGAGCUGUUGCCUUCACCCAGUACCCACAAUACAGCUGUUCUACGACAGGAAGUAGUCUGAAUGCCAUUUACCGCCACUACAUGACACGACGAAGCCCCAGCAAUCUGGUGUGGAGCGUCAUCGACCGCUGGCCAACACACAAAGGGCUUGUUAAGGCUUUUGCUCAAAACAUUAGAGACGAGAUUGCCAGAUUCCCAGAGGAGGAUAGAGAUGACAUUGUUAUUCUCUUCUCCGCCCACUCACUGCCCUUAAAGGUUGUGAAUCGUGGAGAUCCAUACAGCACUGAAGUAGCAGCCACGGUACAGAGCGUCAUGGAGGACCUGGGUCACAGUCAUGCCUACAGACUGGUGUGGCAAUCCAAGGUGGGGCCAUUGCCGUGGCUGAGCCCUCAGACAGACGAGGCCAUCAAGGGGCUGGUGACGAGAGGCAGGAAGAACCUACUGCUGGUGCCCAUCGCCUUCACCAGCGACCACAUCGAGACCCUGUACGAGCUGGACCUGGAAUACGCUCAGGAGCUGGGAGGAGAGGUGGGAGUGAAGAAUAUUCGACGGGCAGCAUCCCUGAAUGACAACCCCAUCUUCAUCGAGGCAAUAGCUGACAUCGUGAAGAAGCACCUGUCAUCCCAGAAGGUGUCCUCCCCACAGCUACUACUGCGCUGUCCCAUGUGCACCAACGCCACCUGUGGUCUCGCCAAGGAGUUCUUCCAUGAUCAGCAAGGGCUUCUGGAUGCUCUCCGAGCUGAAGACGCACAACUCAAAGUCGGCACCAAGUCCUGAUAGCCAAUGUGUAUUAGGUGUGGGAUAUGGGUGACAUUGAUCUGAACUAGGAGUAAUUAUGUUGAUGCUGUGGAAAAAUUGGCAAUAAUUGUUAUUCUCAUUAAAAUCAUAUCUACAUGCUAACUACCAUCACGUUUCAUCCAACCAAUCAGGGGGCGGUGGGGUAGCCUAGUGGUUAAAGACCUGGGUUCGAUUCCCCACAUGGGUACAAUGAGUGAAGCUCAUUUCUGGUGUGUCUCCCCUCUGUGACACUGCUGGAAUAUUGUUUAAAGCAGCGUUGAACUGUACUCACCCUUUUAAUGUAUGACUUCCUCCCCAAUAAGAUCAUCCCUGUACGUUGUCCAGGGCCCAGAUUGAUAAGAUAGCACUCUUACAUUUCACAACUGGGAGACCCUAACCGUCUAUCAAGACUAUAAUCUAUCAGUUUAUGAAGGGGUCAUUAUCAGCUCAGGUACUACAGAUAUGUACCCCAGAUAUGUUUCUGUAUGCAGAAAUGUACCCCAAACAAAAUCAAAAUACAGAAACAUACCCAGUACCCUAAACGACGAACGAGUCAAUAUUCCGCAACCCAAUGCAGAAAACGUAUAUAUAUAUAUACGGUAGUUGUUGUUCAACUGAUUGCGAGCAGUACUGUACAUCGCAAAUUAUUCGUUACUGUGUAUGUUUUUUUUAAAGACGCAAAGAAUGCAAAAGUAUUACUCUCAGCGGCAGCACACAUCUGGCCAUGCCGGUUUUGAUCAAGAAAACGGCACCAUGCGAAAUGGAAUCAUCCUAGGGUACAUUUCUGUAUUCUGAUUUUUGCUAGGGUAUGUUUGUGUUUACAACACUAUAAUCAAAACUUGUUUCACAGGAAGCCAGGGAUGUGUUUCUCUAUACUGACAUGUUACAAGGAUUGUGAAGUUUUAACGGGUUUUUUGGGCAGUAUACUGCCUAUGAUGGCAUUGAAACACUCAUUCUUACUGGUGUUGACCUUACCUCCUUACUGUACAGCCUAUAGACUAACACUGUUUCCUCACUAACUUCAUCUUUCAAGAUGAGUGGUGAUGAGGCCUUCAUCCAAUUUUUGAUCAUAACGGGAUCGGGUGGUCAGGCUCGCUGACUUGGUUGACACAUGUCAUCGGUUCCCAAGCAAAUGCUUAUGCUGUUGAUCACUGGAUUGUCUGCUCCAGACUUGAUUAUUUACAGACCGCCGCCAUAUAGCUGUGAUAUUGCUGAGUGCAGUGUAAAAGUAAACUCACUCACUCACUUACUGUAGCUACGCAAGUGUGUAUCUUUUGCUACCCUUGCAGUCUUCUAGUAAGAGUUAUCUCCCCUACCUGGCUUUGAGGCUCAUGUAAGGCUGGGGCCCAUUUAGGGUUUAGCUAAAGCCAUAUGAGUAAUGUGAUUUUGUUAUGAAUAAAAUCAAAUCAUCAUGGACUAUUGAGUUGACAAAAUCUGUACCUGAUGUGUUUCAUUGAUUAACUAUUAUCUUGUAUCAAGGAUUUAAAGUUUAAGUUCAGUUUGAAGUUUUAAGAUCAUUCUCAUUAGGUAAUUGAUAGUUUUCUUUGGAACUCACAAUAUUUGUACUCUCAUUUGUAAAAUAUUUUUUAUACCAGUUAGUGAACAUUUCUCUAAUAUUUCUGCUGAUAAUGCUGUAGCCGGUGAUUUCCAAUAUGUAUCUCCUCAUGUGCAUCAUAUCUGUCUGUCACAAGUGUGUCACAUGUCUGUCUGUCACAUGUGUGUCACAUGUAUGCCUGUCACAUAUGUGUCACAUGUAUGUCUGUCACAUGUGUAUCACAUGGAUGUCAUAUGUGUGUCACAUGGAUGUCGCAUGUGUCACAUGGAUGUCGUGUGUGUGUCACAUGGAUGUCACGUGUGUAUCAUGUGUCACAAGAAUGUCACAUGUACAUCACAUGUGUAUCACAUGUCACGUGUGUCACAUGGAUGUGACAUGGAUAUCACAUGUACGUCUGUCACAUGGAUGUCAUAUGUAUGUCUGUCCCAUGUACGCCACAUGUGUAUGUCUGUCCCAUGUACACCACAUGUGUAUGUCUGUCCCAUGUACGCCACAUGUGUAUGUCUGUCCCAUGUACGCCACAUGUGUAUGUCUGUCCCAUGUACGUCACAUGCAUAUCCAAUGAACAAAAACACCUUAUUAAUGCAUUACCCGCUGCAAUGGCGUUCCAGUACGUAUGAUGACGUAAGUAUACAUCUGUAAACCGGUACGCAAGUUUGUAAGGAUACAUAAAUAGGCAGUUGUAAGAAAGUUGUUUAACUAUUUGGUGUUACAUUUGUUCAUGCAUAGUUGUAGGCAAAUAGCUUUGAAUUAAUUGGGAUAUGCAUAUUUAUUUUGCAUGUUUUAAGCCAAUAUGCAGGUGACCAGGAGCGCUGAUAAACACACAGCAGGUUUUCUUUCAUGUAGUGACUCCACGUGCACCUUGUAACACUUCACUUUAAAUAAAAUGUGUUAAUCACUUUGUUUUUCAUGUUUCACAAAUAUUUAUAUCUGCUACAAUAUUAAUAUAACCGAGGGAAAAUGUGUAGACUGUAGAUUUGGGAGUGGUAUGUAUUGAGCUCUUUCCUGUCAUGUAUGUGUAGCAUAGUACUUGCAUAAUAUUCAUAUAACUAUCCAAGAAUUAUCAGGAACCAAUUGUGUGAAUUCUUCCAACCUCUCCAGUUUGCUUUCAAACAAAACCGAGUAUGAAAGAAAUAUUUCUCUGAUGUUUCUGCUAGAGCUACAACAAACAUGCUUUGAGGCAGCUGUGUUAUGUUUUGCAUAUAUAUGUUAACGACUACAAAUAUGUAUUCAUGAAUAAUUUAUGUUUGAUAUCAAGAAAUGAAAAUAACAAACGUAUGAUGUAAUUAAUUAAGUUGAAACAUUUAAAUGAUAUGUUCUAUAAAGCAAAACGUAAUUAUUGCGAACAAUGCCGCUUAAAGCCUAACAACAGUGCUAUAAUGGGGCCUUGGCAUAGUAUCACAAGUUACGCUACUGCAUGACCUGGAUAUAUUCCAUUUUGCAUAUCUCACUUAUUUAAACAACAAAAUAAUUUAAAUAAAAAAAAUAGUGACCACAAAUAAUAAAUUGAAUUCAUGAAGGGAUAUGGUUCGAUUCACCAAAUACAUGAGUGAAUCAUAACAUGAGUAAAUCAUAACAUGAGUGAGUGAAUCAUAACAUGACUGGUUUCCACCAGGAUUCAUUUCUAGUUUCAACGCAAAUUUUGAUUGCAGGACAUAAUGGACAUCAUUUUGCAAAACUGAGUUCAAGUGUAAAAAAUUGAAUGUUUCAAAACAUAAAGUCAUUAACCCCAUGACAGACUGUUGAACCUCUUUUACACCACUACCAAAACGUUUAAAUUUGGUACAAUGAAACUAACCACAUUGUAUGAUCAAUCAGAAGUUUCAAACCUCUAUGAACUUAUACACACUAUGCAUGAGGUUUCAAAUAAGCUUACAGGUUUCAAAUCAAUAUUCAUCAAUUUCAUUUUGAUGACAGUUUGUUUCCAGUACAAACAUUACUGCAGCAAAACACUCAAGGGUGCCCUUGUUCAACCUAACUGAAGUGCUCAGUCUCUGGUAAGCUAUGUGAGUAACAAUCAUCUUAGCGCUAAGAUCACUUUGUACAAUGGUACCCUGUUGUCUAUUAUCUACUGGAUGUAGAACUCAUGUCUGUGUUUUGAUUGGCCUAAAAGCCAUUUGUGUAGAUUCUCUGACAUGAUCAUGUAUGCAUGCAUGGUACUUAGACUGAACUGUUAUUUGCUAUUUUGAAGAGUGCUGUAAAGUUUUUAUGAAAGUCAAUAAAGAUUGGUUUGUU